AUGAGCUGUAUUGGAUAGGCACAACAAUAAGUGAGUGAGAAACUCAUCAAAACUGAUGGCGACGACUCAGAUACUCCAGUCCCUGAAUCUGACAAAGACGAUCUCGGAUAAAUCUUGAACACUGAAGAAAGUAAGGGUAAACCCAUAAAAACCCUUAGAUUCAGUUUACAAAAUCAAGUGUGGAUUUUUGACAGAUCCUCAAAAAGGCAAUAAUCGUUCAAAUCACCUUCUCCACUAGCCAGAAAUUCUUCACAAUCGAUACUCAAAAAUAAAAGCAAACCAUAAGCAACUAAAUAAUGA